AUGGCUGCCUCGUCCUCUUCCACCGCGGUCAUACGGUCUGAUCCAUCUCCUGCGCUAGACCUGAAGCUGCCUCAGAUGAACAUGCCUGUCUUCAGUGGCGAUUAUCUCGAGUGGCAGUCAUUCUACGAUUUAUACGACAGCUUGGUGCACCAAAACCAAACGCUGAAGGACAGUCAAAAGCUCUAUUUUCUGAAAACAAAUCUCGCUGGUGAGGCAGCUUCUUUGGUGUCGCAUCUAAAAAUCGAAGAUGCUAACUAUCAACCGGCGUUGGAGAAGCUUAAAUCUAGAUAUGAUAAGCCACGUGAAAUAGCCAACAAGCACAUCCAACGAUUUCUAGCACAAUCGACACUUACAUCAUCGUCCGCCACUGGUUUACGAGCUCUACAUGAUGUCUCUGAUGAAGUAAUUCGAGCACUUAAAGCUAUGGCUAGAGAGGAUCGUGACACGUGGCUUCUUUUCAUACUGAGUGAAAAGGUGGAUGCUGAAACAAAGCAGCUAUGGUGUCAAAAGACAGCAGAGAUGGAGGAAGCAAAUAUAACUCUGCAAUGCUUUCUCAAGUUUAUUGAAUCUCGUAGUUUCGCACUGCAAUCAGCCCAGCAUUCAACGAAACCAAAACACGUCGUACCCUUCAAACAACCUUCAAGGCCUCUUACUAGAGGAGCAUCUGCAUUCGUCGCCACAAAUCCUCCGCUUUGUAAUGCUUGUAUGAAACAAUACCAUCAUCUUUAUCAGUGUGGUAAAUUUCUACACAUGAGCUAUGAUGAUAGAUUAACUUACGUCAACAGUAUGCAAUUGUGCAAUAAUUGCCUGAAAACACACUCGGGUGAAUCAUGCAAAUCGAGCACAUGUAGAAAAUGUAAUUUACCUCACCAUACUUUGUUACAUCCAUACAAUUCACCAUUGAGACCCCAACCGAUCGUUAUGUCUCCUGAUCACCUUGUCCAGAUAAAUUCUGGGCCAACCGCUCAAUCGUUGAUAUCGUCGUACGACUCACCAACUUGUUUGGAUGCACCCAACGUUCUCCUCGCUACCGUUUCUAUCAACGUUUCGGACAAUCAUGGACAUCAGCAUGCCUGUAGAGCCAUUUUGGAUAGUGCAUCACAAGUAAGCUUCAUCAGUGAGAGCUUCUGCAAAAAACUUUCUCUUCAAACCCAACCCAUUAGUAUGGACCUUGAGGGAAUAUCUGCUACACCAGCUCAUGCCAAUAAGUGUACAGAUAUUGUUGUUUCCUCCCGCUGUACUGACUACCGCACAACCGUUCCUUGCAUUGUUCUGGAGAGAAUCACCCGAACGCUACCGAGCAAACCAAUAUACAUCCAAGAUUGGCCCAUCUCAGGAUCGAUAUAUCUAGCUGACCCUCUCUUCAAUUGCCCUGGCAAAAUAGAUGUCUUGCUCGGCAUUGAUCUCUUCUUACAGUUACUCGAGCCCGGAAAAAUUUCUCUCAGUUCGGACGAUAGCUUACCAACGCUUCAAAACACGAAGUUUGGAUGGGUGGUCGCUGGCCGUUAUCGGGAUGCGAGUUUGAACGUAAUUGAGAAUGUAUAUCCCUCAACCUGCCUGCUAACUUCGGCUCAUGACGACCUCUCCUUGCAACUGCGCAAAUUCUGGGAAAUAGAAGAGUACGCAACAACAGAUAAGCAUCUCACUGAAGAAGAGCAACGAUGUGAGCAGCAUUUUGCUGAGCACACUACCAGAGACAAAUCGGGAAAAUUCGUCGUAAAGCUACCUUUUUUGUCAAACCCGAAUCAACUUGGCGAUUCUAGGCAUAUUGCUGAAAGAAGGUUCUAUCACAACGAAAGAAAGCUCGACCGAAACCCUCAACUCAGAAAUGAGUACCAUACGUUCAUCCGUGAAUACAUUGAACUCAAUCACAUGUCUUUAGUGGGAAACACUAGCACAGAAAUUCGUUCGAUUUAUCUACCACACCACUGCGUUGUAAAAUCGACAAGUACCACAACAAAAUGCAGAGUCGUUUUCGAUGCUUCGGUAAAAACCUCAACUGGACUCUCAUUAAAUGACGUACUCAUGUGCGGUCCUGUAGUUCAGGAUUCUUUGAUCAACAUUUUGAUUCGAUUCCGCUUCCCACCGAUCGUUCUUGCAAGCGACGCGAAACAAAUGUAUCGCAUGAUAUGGUUGAACGAGCUUAAUCGAGAUCUUCUUAAAAUUCUAUGGAGAUGGUCUAAAGACGAAACUGUGAAGGAAUAUCGUCUCAAUACCGUUACUUUUGGAACAAAAUGUGCAUCCUAUUUAGCCACAAAGUGUGUUCAACAGCUGUUGGAAUCCUAUAGGGAAGUGUAUCCAGCGACAGUAACAAAGGCAGAGAACGCCAUAUACGUCGAUGACAUUUUAACAGGUGCAUCUUCCGAAGAAGAAGCCAAGACACUAAGAGAGGAACUUACUAAAAUAUUUGCCGCUGGUGGAUUCCACCUUAGAAAAUGGGUGUCAAAUUGUACCUCAGUCCUGGAUGGUUUUCCAGAUGCCGAUCUUGAAGUGAAAAUUCCAAUCGAAGAUGAUUCUAACAGCACAGUCAAAGCCCUCGGAAUGCAAUGGCAGCCGUGCAGUGACGAGUUCCAUUUCACCUACAAAUCAAAAGAGAUCCUUCAGCCCACGAAAAGAACUAUCCUCUCGCAAAUUGCUAGCCUGUUCGAUCCGCUUGUCCUCCUCGCCCCGAUAAUUGUGAAGGCAAAAUUGUUGAUGCAACGAAUGUGGGAACUGAAGGUGGACUGGGAUGCAACUCCCCCCGGUGAGUUGACCAAUGAUUGGUUAGUUUUGGUGCAAAACUUUUCGCUUCUCAAUUCAUUCCAGAUUCCACGGCGCGUAAUUAAAUUUCACAAUUGGUCUCGUCUCUACCUGCACGGCUAUUGCGACGCAUCCGAUAUGGCUUUGGGAGCUUGCAUUUACAUUCGUGCUGUUGAUGAUGAAGGCAAUACCUCUUCAUAUCUCCUCUGUGCCAAAUCAAAACUGGCGCCUAUUGGCAACGGUCGUACGACAACGCCUCGGCUGGAAUUGUGUGCAGCUGUUAUUCUCGCACGCUUGAUUUCUAAUGUGACAGCCGCUCUCUCUACUACCACGUUCCACGAAGUACGAGCUUUCUCCGAUUCCAAGGUGGUUUUGGCCUGGCUGUGUGGUGGUGCUGCUAGGUGGAAGACUUUUAUAGCAAACCGUGUUGCGGAGAUUUCCACUCAUCUACCUUCGGUUAAUUGGCAUCACGUAAGAACGUUUGAGAAUCCCGCAGAUCUCAUUUCACGUGGUACUCUCCUAGAUCAUCUACGAAAGAACUCUCUCUGGUGGCACGGUCCUGUGUGGAAUCCUUUUAAUGCUGAGAACUCAUCAUUCUCUAAUAGUGAGCUUGACUCCAACGAGCGAAGACAAAUUGAUCGAGAGCAACGUACCACUGCGGCGGUUUGUUUCACUGUUUAUGAAAAUAAUUUUAUGAACGAUAUGAUGGCUCGAUAUUAUCCGAAGCUGCAACUACUACUACGCAUUACCGCAAGAAUGCUACGAUUCAGUCACCCUGAGUUUCGAGAUUCGACUCGGCUAUCCGCUGCUGAGAUUGAUUUUGCACUCGUAAAAUACCUAUAG